CUGCUAUGAACAUUUUAAGUGGGUUUGAUUGUUUGUGAUUUGACCUUGUGUUAACUUGUCCUGGAAAGUCAGAGUUAACUUUUUUUGCGUUAAGUUUAGUCAAUUCGACCCCACCCACCGGUUGGACGAUUCCUGAGGCGGCCUGCGAAAACAAUCGAGCGGAUUGGAUCCUGGAUUCCUGGCAAUGGAAGGAGAUAAGUAACACCAAGCUUCGGUCUGCUUCACGAACCAGCCAGUCGUCAUUGAUGGAUGUACGUACAUCUUGGCCGAAUGGGGUGGUCACCUGGAGACAGAGUCAGGCCGAUGAAGGGGAGCUAUGCAGCCCAUUGACCUCAUCGUGGCUUGUUUGUAUCUCCUGGGAGCAAGUUCGGAUUAUUUUUUAGGGGGGGUCAUCGCUUGGUCCUCCUGGGCUGAACGCAUCUAUUCGCUGGCUGUAUGCGCUAGUCCACUUUCCAACUGGGCCAACCCCACACAGCAAGACACAUAAAACAACACUCUCUCUUCCCCCUCCAAGUCGAACUAUCAAAAAAGUAUCCCAAUCAAAAAAAUAGUCAACACCCGAAAACACUUCCAAUCCAUCAUCGAUCAAACAUGGCCACCACCACUGCCCUCCCACCACCCCUCUCACCAGCAACAGUAACAACAAGCACUGGCGAUGACCGAAUCUCAGGGGAGGAGCGGAUGCAACAAGUCGUCCCCAGACUGUUCAUCGGCGACUUGACCGCCGCACAAUCCCUCCAAGUCUUGCAAGACUCCCAAAUCAGAAACGUCGUCUCGGUCAUCAAACACUCCUGUCCCCAGCAUCCGGGCUUCAACCAUCUCAACGUGCCCCUCGACGAUACCGAACGUACCAAUAUCUGCGAAUGGUUCGAUAGCGUCGCUAGUUGGAUUCAAGCUCGACUGGACGACCCAAACGGGUACGGCGUGUUAAUCCAUUGUGUUGCUGGAGUCAGUCGAAGCACGACACUUCUGGCUGCUUAUUUAAUGAAAGCCUACAGAUUAACCACCGACGAAGCCGUCGGGUUCAUUGCAUCUAAACGACCCCAAGUCCAACCGAACGAUUUCUUCUUCCACCAGCUCGAAAUGUACGAACGUUGUGAAUGCGAAUGGAACCCUGUCAAGCAUCAAGAACAGAGACGGUUUCUGAUGAGCUUCGUGGCCGACGAAAUGAAAGAUGGAGCUGGAGCCCCAAAAUUGAUAUUGGCCUAUUACCCAUCGCCGGCGCCGUCGCCUGCAGAGAACAGCAGUCUCACGAUGACAGCAAUGAAGACGAGUUCGGUGGAGACGAAGCUAAACACGCCGAGUUUGUUGACGGGGGCGAGCAUCAACAGCCAACCGCUGUCGCUAGCGCAGCCGCCGGCGCGGCGGCGGCUGACGAAGAAGACCGACUCGAGCUUGUCGAACGGCGGCGGGAAGACGAAGGAGGGUUUGUCGGAGAAGCCGGCGAGGGAGGUCGAGAAGCUGGGCCAGGGCCAAGUGGUGAUCCAUGGACGAAGGUUGCGUUGUAAGAUGUGUCGGCGCGAGCUGGCCGGACGGGACCAUAUCCUCUUCCAUUCUCCCGGCAAAGGCCAGCAGGCCUUUGCGCCCCAGAAACAAGAUAUGGCUCAGUUCCGGCUCGACCAGGUCUCCCCAGAUCGCAAGCCCAAGCCCUCCGAUCCCGCGGGAACCCGGCCUGUCGUCGGCCUCGCCAGUCUGCGCAUCGCCGUCCCGCCCAAACCGAUUCCGAAGUCAGAACCCGUGGUCGGAUCGACUGAAGCCGAGCAUUCAACCCCUGCCUCCUCCUCCCCACCUUCGACAACCACCAGCGACUCUUCGUCCCCUGUCGCCCCUCAUCUCAACCUCCAUUCUCCGCCGCUCUCGACUUCCGUCGACUGUUCCUCGUACUUCGUCGAGCCGCUCAGCUGGAUGGGCAAUGCCCUUCAGGCCGGUAAUCUGCACGGUAAACUCGUCUGUCCUAACUCCCAUUGUCUCGCUAAACUCGGCUCGUUCGAUUGGGCUGGCUCGCAAUGUAGCUGCGGCGCUUGGAUCACCCCCGGAUUUCAGAUCUUGAGAUCUAAAGUUGAUGAAAUUUAAUAAAAAAAUUACACCCACUUGCUUCGACUUUCAUCACGCCUUCCUUUCUUCCGUUUUCCUUACAUACACCCUUCUUCUUUGCAUUACUUCAACCGUUCUUAGAUCACUUCUUCUACUAUUCCCAAACCCAUUAUGACCCAUCAACAUGCUCUAUAUUGACCUGCAUCCAACUACCAUCGUCGUUGACCCCUCACACAAACACCUCAACAAUAUGUUUUUUUUUUGAGAUUCCUUUGUGAUAUCUUCACUUUUGUGUGCAUUUUGAAGCAAUCAUUUUUAUACGAUACGGCUCAACAAAGACAGCCUAUCUUUGCCAACA